CCAUCGGACGCACACGCAGUUCCUCAAACACGUUCACCACCUGCACACACCGCCCUCCGCAGAGCACGGUCAGCAGCAGCAGCAGCAGCAGCAGCAGGGAUCCAGCUCGCCAACACGGACAGGACAGGAGCGUUCCGGAAUCAACCGCCGCACAGGACGGGAGAUGCUGAGAAAAACGGAUGGUUCUGGACAACCAUUCAACCAGAGCGAUGCCUGUGUGCAACUUUCUCAUGACAGCAGAAGACACUCCGAUGACGCAGUCACUCGGAUGCGGAACAUAAUUCGAUGGGGCGUUAUCAUGACUAACUGCUCCUUCGACACAGUUGACAACCUGAUGAGGUCAUUAGAGCUGGUUAUCUACAUCCCCAUCUUUGUCUUUGGACUCCUACUCAACAUCCUGGCUCUUGUGGUCUUUUACGUUGUGCUGAAGAAGCGGACCGAGACAACGAUAUACAUGACCAACCUGGCCCUCAUGGACCUUUUGUUGCUCUUCUCUCUGCCGUUCAAGAUGCACGCCACCAACCACAAAUGGGCACCAAACAAGAAGGAGCUCUGCUCCUUCCUGGAAAGCCUGUACUUCAUCAGCAUGUAUGGCAGCAUCUACACCAUCAUGUUUAUCAGCAUCGAUCGCUACGUGGCCAUCAGGCACCCGAUCAAGGCGCGGAGCAUGCGCUCCCCAAAGACCGCCAUCAUCGUGUGCGUGUUGAUCUGGCUCUUUGUGCUGGGCGCCACCUCGCCCGUGUACCGGCUGCACGACAUCACGGAAAACGAAUUCCACUGCUUCCAUGGCUUCUCCAAGGAUGGCUGGAACCCUGUGCUCAUCGCCUGCCUGGAGGUGUUUGGCUUCCUGGUGCCAGCGCUGGUGCUGGUGUCUUGCUCUAUCCAGAUCAUCCUCAGGCUGCGGCAGUCGCAGGAGAUCAGCCCCAAGAGGCAAGACUGCAUCCGCAUUAUCUACAGCAACCUUCUCGCAUUCCUGCUACCUUUCACACCGAGUCACCUGGCCAUCUUCCUACAGUUCCUGGUGCACCAGGGAAUCAUCACAGCCUGCAGCCAGAAGACCGAGAUCAGCCUAUUUCUGCAGAUUGCUUUGAGUCUUUCAAACGUGACCUGCUGCCUGGACGCCCUCUGCUAUUACUUCAUGACCCGAGAGAUCCGCUCCUCCAAAGACAUCCUUUCCAGGUCCAUCAGCUUCCGGAGGAACACCAGCAUCUCGGAGGGAUGAUGUGUGGAACUCAUGGCUGUAGUUUUCCAGCGGCGGGACUCUGACACGUGACGGAUCAUCGCCCCUCAAGAUGUUGCCCAUCAUGGACUGACAGCACAACUCUUGACUUUCAUUUCGUCUGUACAGCCAUGAGGUGCACGUGUUAAUGACUAAUAUUAAAAAUUUACAAGAAUGUAGCGACUCCAGUUUUGCAGGCAGCAGCAACGUGCAGCAUUCUAGACAAAUAAUCGGCUCAUUAUUAUUCACCAGAUAUGGGUUUAAACGAAAGUUAGGGUGUCUUCGUAUCAGUGUCGCAAAGUGGAGUCAACAUUUAAUGAAGUACUGAUAUGUAACAAUGUACAGUAUGUGCAUGUAAACACACUUUACGUUUACACUUGAUGUGCCUAUAAUGAAACGCAUGAUUAAUUGUGGUGAUGUGAAGGGAACGCUGGGAAAAUAUCCAACCACUCCAGCCCCCCACUGCAUGAACCUAGAAACCCAUCCAGUCACUUUACAGACUAAACUCAAGAACCCAAGGACUUGGCAUCCGAAAAGAGGGGACGUCUCCAAAC